AUGGCUCCUGUGAAGAUCAGCCACGUGGUAUCAUUUUCCUCUCAGGAUCCCAAGUAUCCUGUGGAGAACUUGCUGAACCCAGACAAACAGAGGGGACCUUGGCUCAGUUGCCCUCAGGACAAGAGUGGGCAACUGAAAGUAGAACUCCAGCUGGAAAGGGCAGUGCCCAUUGGCUACAUCGAUGUGGGUAACUGUGGCUGUGCUUUCCUGCAAAUUGAUGUGGGCCGUUCUUCCUGGUCCCUGGACAGACCUUUUGUCACCCUGCUCCCUGCAACCAUGCUCAUGUCCCGGGCUGAUUCAAAGCAGGGGAAAAACCGCUCCGGGGUCCGCAUGUUUAAAGAUGAUGAUUUCCUGGCUCCAGCCUCAGGUGAAUCAUGGGAUCGACUUCGCCUGACUUGCUCCCAACCCUUCACGCGUCAUCAGUCCUUUGGCCUGGCCUUCCUGCGUGUGUGCUCCUCUCUGGACUCCUUAGAUGACCCUGUGGUGGAUCCCUCAGCCCCUGUGAGCUCUGGGCUGAGCCAGGAUUCUUCUAAUGCUUCAGAGUCUGGUCCCAGCCCCUGGAUGGCUAAUCCUUCUAUCCGGAGGACAUUCUUCCCAGAUCCCCAAACGAACACUAAGGAAAUUUCAGACCUUAGGAAUAUCCUAAAGCAGCUGCAUCCGGGGCCUUUGGGGCGUUCAGCCCGCAUGGUGCUUUCAGCUGCCCACAGGGUAUCUCCAGCCAGUGUGGCAAGCCCCAAAAACAACCCUGUGGAACCAGGUCCCAGUCAUCAAGACAGAGCAGGUGAGGCCCCAGGACCUGCCUUUGGCUCCUUAUUCUCCCUAGCACCAUCCUUUCUCCUCAAAUCCCCCACUGCUCUUUAG